GUUAGACAAUCCGUGUUCGAGAUCACAGAAUGAGCUCCAUCUCAACGCACGCAACAAGCCUUGCUGCUGUAGCGGCCGCUCGGGAAACCCCUCACUCUACGUAUCCGGAUGAUUAUGUAUUCCCAAAGGACAAACUCAAAAGAGGGAUGGAACUGUGCCCAGGGGUGAUACCGCUAGUCAUCGUAGCUUGCGGAUCCUAUUCUCCCGUCACAAAUCUUCACCUUCGCAUGUUUGAGAUGGCGCGAGACUAUAUCAAUGACCAUCCCCAGUUUUGCCUACUCGGCGGCUAUUUCUCCCCGGUCUCCGAUGCCUAUAAUAAACCGGGGCUAGCAGCAUGGAAUCACCGUGUUCGCAUGUGUGAACUUGCCGUGGCGGAUAGCGACUGGCUGAUGGUUGACCCAUGGGAAAGUAGACAACCAGAAUACCAGCGGACGGCCUGGGUGCUGGACCAUUUCGAUAGAAUGCUGAAUGGACAAAGCACAUUCACUGAAAGAAGCCAUCCGCGUAUUCACAUCAUGCUGCUAGCUGGGGGCGAUCUUAUACAAUCGUUCGCCGUGCCCAACCUGUGGAAGGAAUCGGAUCUCGAUCACAUUAUAGGUGACUUUGGGUGUCUGAUCAUUGAACGAUCGGGCGCAGAUUUGACCGAGUUCAUGCUGCAAAGCGAUGUGCUAUACCGACAUAGGAAAAAUAUCCACCUCAUCCAACAGCACAUCAAUAAUGACAUAUCCUCCACAAAAAUCAGGCUCUUCGUUAAGCGGCGCCUAUCUAUCAAAUACCUCCUGCCAGACUCGGUAGUCAAAUAUAUAGGGGAACAAGGUCUAUAUCAGUGACAGUAUUUGUGGGUUUGCAAUGAAGAGCAUUAAACAGCAUGGGUCCACAGUUUAAAACCUUGUAAAUAGAUUACAUUGUACGAAUACAUAGCCAUAUUCUUGAUCAA